UUCCAACUUGCAAAAAAAAUCCGGGUCGCUUUGGGAGCUUCAACAAUAUCAAUGUAAUCCUAGAUACAUUGAACCGACGACAACAACUACGCUUCCAGUGGCGUGCAGGUGCGCCCAAGCUCAAUUACCGACACAACAAGUGUUUUUGAGUAUUUCAAAAAGCUUGGGAAACUUCAGGGCAGGAGACGCGGCGGAUAGCGCCACCCCGGUCACUAAAAGAUGCCGCCGUCCAAAACAUUUUCCUUCUUGUCGAGCUUACUGCGCUCAAGGCCAACGACCGCCAGCAUACCCAGCAUAUCGCCAGCUAUCCAGUCAAGAUGGGUAUCGAGUAAACGCACCUUCACAAUACCGGAGCCGAUCCCGCUCGUGCCCGACGUACCGACCUUCCUCAGGCUGAUCGGGCGUGACCUGGUCAAGCACGCGUCCAAGUUUCCGUCGUGGGAGGCUCUUUUCUCCCUGACGCCGCCGCAGCUGCGCGAGCUGGGCAUUGAGCCGGCGCGGUCGCGGCGGUACCUGAUCUCGUGGCGGAACAAGUACACGCAGGGCCACUUUGGCAUCGGAGGCGACCUGAAGCACGUCGUCGACGGCGCGGCGGAGCUCAAGGUUCUCAACAUCCCCAAGGGCCCGCUCAAGACGCACCGAGUCGUCGUCAACGUGCCGCCCGGAACCAAGCCCGAGGACGUGCCCGAGAAGGAAAGGCCCCGAAUCCAGGGCUACAAGGUCAUUGGCACUAGAACCAUUGCGGGCCCGCACGCCGUGCCGAUGAAGAACCACGAAGGGUCGAUCUUCAAGGCCGUCGAUGGCCUGUGGGAGCACAAGAGGGGCAGGAAGAUUGAUGGUGGUGAGAGGAGGCGGGCCGAGGUGCGGUUCAAGAGGAGGGUGGAGGAGCGCAAGGCCAUGAGGGAGUCCCAGGGCUUCAACUACUGAUAGGUCCAGGGAUCCUGAUAGCGAAUGACUUUUCUGUGGCCAGGGCCGCAGACGGUGUUUCUCACCCUCAUCCCGACCAGCACGCUGUACAUCACCGUAUACUUCUAGAAUCUGUACAAUAAACCAUUCACCUAACGUGCAAAAAGGCACACGAGAGCGUUAUU